CACAAAGAGAGUUGCCUCGAUUUGCCUAAGGUGGACAGAAGCUCCCUGUAUUCCAGUCUCUGAGAUCUUGACAGAAAGUGAAGUUUGCUCGUUUUCAGCUCUUUCCACGAUGCCUUUCUUAAGGCAGCUCUGCGUUUAUUGUUGGAUUUCAGGAACUUUGCUGUUAUCCGCUCACGCCGUGUUUCCAAAGACGUCCAGAGAUGUAUCCGACAACCAAAAUAUCAAUAAUUUCAUGUUUCGGGAUGUGUCGUAUGAAUUUGUCAAGAAGCCACAGUCAUGGGAACAGGCGAGCGAAACUUGCGAGACUCAAGGAGGCAAUCUUCUGAAGUAUCUGGACUGUGAUAUCAAAGAUUCCUUUACCAAAGUGUUCAAGGAUCCCGAGAUCACAUCUCUAGGCUGGUGGAUCGGUGAAGGUUUGAUGGGAUCUUACGAUGAAUGUAAUAUUCAGGAAAUUCACACUACGCAACCUGCUGAUAGAGCGAGUUCGCGUUUGUGCACCUACAUGACAAUGGAUCCAUUCCAGCUGGUGACCACGCCCUACUGCAAUAUGACCUUGGGUUACCUGUGCACCCAAGAUCCAAACGCUGAACAUAAACGAGUGCAGAGGAGCGUUCGGGUCCGGAGAGCCACAGAUAGCUUGAUAACUGGAUGGUUAGGACAAAUGGAUACAGCAGGAUCAGACUUGACAAAACUAUUUGAUAAUGCUAAGCAAAUAUUAAGGAAAAUUGCAGAGGAACCGGUGGAGAUGCUGCACGAUGCAAAGCAAAAAUAUUUAGGGUCCAUACUAAAAUCACUACAGGCAAUUAGCACAAUAGAUCCUGGGAAUAAGGAUCUCACUGUGAAUUGUACCGGAGGCCUUAUUUUGCACAUCAUAGAGCAGUGUGAAUCAGAUGACAACGCAGAACAUCUUGAGGAGGUGAUCAUUCUGUCUGUCCAGAUUUAUCAGCAAUUAAACAUACUGACAAAACAAAGCACUAAUCAAGUGUACUCCUGGGAUUUUGUCUCAGGCACGCUGUUUGCAACCCAACAGGUGCCAGCGAAUCUGAACAACAUGUCACUUGGGAGCAUAGACAAGGGUUUCAUCCAGUUCCCCACUUUCGAUGUGUUAAAGUCACAGCUCCCAACUGGUCCUGUGGACGUUCAGAUGUUCAGUUAUAAAACAAACCCAAUGGCUGCAGAAUCAAACUUUAGCAUCAGCGGCUCUGUCUGCAGUCUGUCACUCUCGGAUAAAUCGUCUAAUAUCAAACUCAGCAAUCUCUCAAGUUUCAUCGAGAUAUUCCUGCCACGUUCAGAUGCCCCUGAGCCAACAUAUACAAACAUGUCUAUGAAAUAUGGCUAUGCUCUCAUUACGUCCUUCAACGUCACUGAUCCAAACUCAACUGUCAUUGUUACUGCCAUACCAUAUACAAAUGUCUCUCUUCUGGUGAUCCUGUCUCCCACUUACAAAUCAAACAAUCAGAGUCAUCGUGCUGUCCUGACCGGCAAAGCCGAUAAUUAUCGCUGGAUCAUCCACCCCGAGAUGUUGAACAGCACAAAUGGGACCAUGUACGUCAACAUCACACUGUUCAACUACACGUCCAGCAUUCCAGUGUCCAUGAACGUCUCACUCAUGAACUUCAAGUGUGUGUACUGGGAUGUAGACCUAAACGAUUGGAGCAGAGAUGGCUGCUGGGUUGGUCCUAAAACAUCACCCAAAAUGACUCACUGCUUAUGUAACCACAACACCUUCUAUGGGAGCUCCUUCUUCGUCAUGCCCAAUCCGAUAGACCUGUCCCAAACAGCUGCGCUCUUUGCCACCGUCAAUCAAAAUUACGUGGUCGUCUCUGUCCUGUGCGGCUUCUUUUUCCUCUAUCUGCUGCUUGUGAUAUGGGCGUGGUAUGCUGACAAGAAAGCCUUGAGAACGCGCAAGAUAAUGCUGCUGGAGGACAAUCAUCCAUGUGCUCAUUAUAACUACCUGCUGAAUAUACAGACAGGAAACCGGAAACACGGAGGAACCACAGCCAAGGUUAUGAUGACUGUAGAGGGCACCGAUGGCGAGAGUGACACCCAUGUCCUAGGUUACCCAGACCAGCCUGCAUUUGAGAAAGGAGGAGUGGACAUGUUCAUACUCAGCACCCCAUUCCCUCUGGGAGAGCUGCAGAACAUUAAACUUUGGCAUGACAACACAGGAGGAGACCCAGACUGGUUUUUGCAGAAGGUGACAGUGCAGGACUUGCAGACUCGUCAGUUCUGGCAUUUCCUGUGCAACACCUGGCUGAAGGGCAGCGGAGAUACACCUUGCAAAAGAACCUUCAAUCCUGCAAAGAAGAACGAGAUCACCAGUUUUGGCAACUUAUUCCAGGCUCGGACGUCCACUGGGUUCCGAGACGAGCACAUUUGGAUGUCUGCUGUGAAUCCUCCACGCCACAGCCCCUUCACCCGAGUGCAGAGAAUCUCCUGCUGUAUGUGCCUGCUCCUGUGUACCAUGGUCAUCAACAUCAUGUUCUGGAACAUUCCCAAAGAUGGAGAGUCUCCUGUCAUCGUGAAGCUAGGAUCCUUUCAGCUCACCUGGCAGCAGAUCAUGGUUGCAGUGGAAAGCGCUCUGCUCAUGUUCCCGAUUAACAUCCUCAUUGUCACCAUAUUCCGCAGCAUACAGCCACGCGUUAAAAAUGAGGAGGAGGUCAAGGCCAAGACCAGCAGUGGCGACAAAUCUUCUGUUGUUUCCAUGCAGACUAUUCUCAAGGACACUCAGGAUAUUGUGACUCUCCUUGGCAAAAGUCCCAAAAACUGCGUGAUUGCAUUGCAGCAAAAUCUCGAGACCACCGCUGAUCUGUUCGCUGCUCUUAAUCAGAUGCAUGAAGUUGUUGUGAAUAUACAAGGCCAGACUGUCGGGGAUCAGCACUGGGCUCACUGCAGCCGCUUUGUCUUCCACACUUUAUGCCAUCUCUCAUCGUUACUGGAUCGUGCCGGAGAGAAAGUGUUUCCUCACCCCGAGGACCUCGAUCUGGCCAAGAACACGGUGAACAUGAUGCUGAAGAAGGCUGAGGCGUUGACCAGCACGCAUCCAGUGCAGAGCUUUGUGCCUGUGCAAGAGAAGAAGAAAAAAGCUGGCUGCAAGCUGCCCUGGUGGUUCGUCUUUAUCGGCUGGGGUCUCCUGGUUGCCAUAAGUGGCAUCUCCACCUUCUUCACUUUGCUCUACGGCUUUCAGUAUGGAAGGGAGUCAUCCAUUAAGUGGGUCAUCACCCUGACACUGUCCAUGUUCCAGAGCAUCUUCAUCAUCCAGCCUCUGAAGGUUGUUGGUCUGGCCAUAUUCUUUGCGCUCAUUCUGAGGCCGGUGGCAGUCGAGGACAACCAGGAGGUUGAGAUAUUGCUAGACGAACAACGUGAAAAAUGCGAGUCAUACUGCGGACGGCACAUGCACGGAUGCUGAUACCGAGGCGGACCAUUUCUGAUGAUGUGAUUUUGACCGAUGCAAAAAAUCUCAAACUGAAGAUUCUUCAAAAAAAGAGUUUUGAAGAUUUUGAUGGAAAACAAUGAUCAGGGUGGAGGUUUUAUCUUUUGUAUCAUAAAUGUGUACUAUAUGAGCCUAUAUUAUUUCCCCUCUAAAAUCCCAUAAUGCAUGCAAAAGUAGAAUACAACCUGUAAGUAACUGUGCAGUGACACAAGGAUUUUGAAAUAAAUAAAUAAUAAUAUUUAUAAUAAGAGAUAUUGUGCAACAUGAGAUAUUUACAUCCAAAUUGGAGCCAGAUUUUACUACUGCAGCCCUCCACGCUAAAGUAAAUUGUGUCACUGGUUAAUUGCUUACAGACAGCUCUGAUCUUUAUUUAUUUACAAGAUAUCUUCUUAGAAAAACUUUAAAAACCGUGCAAUUUAUUAUACGCUUAGCAAUAGAAUAUGUAACAAAAAUAUGUAAACACUGCAUCACAGCUUUGCGGGAAUGUCGAAGCAGGAAAAAUGGUCUGGGUUUCCCAUGUCAGAGCGUUGGGUGUAACUGUAAAUAUAUCCAUAUUCAUACGCUUGUUCCAGUCAUCCUAAGAUCCAAGAGGAAGUGACACGUUACCAGAUCAGUUUAAUUUCUUUCUCUAUGUUAUUGUUCAUUUAUCUGUAUGGAAAUUCUGAAAUAAAUGGCUUCUCAUAUCUUA